GAUAAAAUCCAUCAGCAACUGCUCGAGCGCCACUGUGUUGCGACCUGGGUUCCCUGCAUUUGGCACCAUUAGAAACUAUUUGAUGAUCCUUCUAUUCUCCUGUAUGAUAUAAGCCUUGAGUUGUCCCUUCCGAGACAAAGACCAAGUAGCCGGAAGCUGGCAUGGACGAAAGCACGCGGGACGCGAAGGCGGUGGCAAGAGCUGCCAAGCACCAGGAGGACGUGGAGGCGGCUCAGGUCCGUGAGAGGGCGCGCCUGGCCGCACUACGACUUGAGGGGGAGGCCGCGGCAGCGGCGGCAGCCGCCGCCGGCCGCGCUCACACAUCAGGAGCUGCUUUAGCCAGCACCAGCACCGGCAACGGCACAAGCAGCGGAAAAACAGCAGCAGCGCCAGGUGGCGGCGGCGGUGUUGCGCCGGAGCGGGAGCGUGAUGAGCUCGAGGCGCAGUUCAUCUCUAGCGAGGUGGCGGAGGUACGGGCCAAGUUGCCGCGGGAGGGCCAGCGAGAACGGCUGCGGAGCGCCACGGAGGACUGCGUGCAGGUGGUGAUCAGCGCCAGCCGGGUGCGCAGCGUGCUGCUCAAAGCCUUCUUCCCCACCGGCUACCCAGCAACCCCCCUGGCACUGGAGCUGGAGGCCCUGGCGGCGCCGCCACCCGGCAGCAGUGGCGGCAGUAGCAGUAGCAGCAGCGGUCUGGGCUGUAGCCUGGAGCUCAAGACCGUCAAGGAGAAGUCUGGUCUGGUCGAGGUGGUCCUGCGGGCCGGCGGCGGCGGCGGCGGCACCGGCACCGGCGGCGGUUACUUCCUGGACCUGCGCUGUGUGGUGCCGGAGGCAUACCCAGACGCUGGCGUGGAGCUGCACGCCGCCGGAUCCAACCUGCCAGCUGACUUGCUGACGUCAUCACUGGCGGGCGCCGCCGACCUCGUCCGGCGGCUGGCGGAGCCGCCGCCGGCUGUAGUGCGAGUGGACGUGGCGCGCGCGGGCGCGGGCACGGGUUGUAGCAACCCCGGCAGCGGCAGUAGCAGUGCAGCGUCGUCGGCGUCGGCCACGCCGCAGCGGCGGCGCGGCGCCGCCGCGCAGCAGACGGCGCACAGCCAAGCCAAGGCGGCGGCGCUGGCGGCGGCGGCGCAGGAGGGCGCGGCGGCGCGGGAGGCGGCGCGCGCGGCGGCGGCGGCGGCGCACGAGCCGCGGCCCAGUCUGUGGGCCGCGGUGUCUUACCUGGGUAGCCGCUGUGUGGGGCUGCUGUGCGAGGGGCGCUGUGUGGCGUGCGGCAAGCGGCUGCUGCCGACCGACCCCGCCAAGCAGGACCAGGUGCCGCCCGGGAUGCACCUACUGCGGCUGGUCACGUGCGGGCACUUCUUCCACCACAAGUGCAUAGAGGGCCUGCUGGCAGAGCCGCCGUUCGGCCGCGACGGCUGUCCGGUGCCGGGGUGCGGCGAGCGCAUCAGCCACCACCACCUGGUCACGGAGCCGCAGGUGCUGGAGGCGCGGUGGGCGGGCCGGCAGGCGCGGCGGCGAGAGAUUGAGGACGCGGCGAGCAUACUGGGGCUGUGAGGGUCGUGGUGAGGUGUGGCGUGACCUUGUGUGUGGUGUGAAUGUUUCAUGUGGGAGUUGUGCGUCUGUAUACCGGUAUGUUUGGGAGGGAAGGAAACACGCAAGACUUGUUGUGCCUGUUGGUGUGUGUCAGGGCCGUUUGGGUGGCGCAGCGUGUCAGGCACCGCAGGAGUGAGCAUAGCGGAGCAGUCCCUCUAAAUAUGAAAACAUGCAGGCGAGGGAGCAAUGCUUGGCAGGUGAACAAUGCCAUAACGCUUUCAACGGAAGGAACAUGAUGGAGUUAAAUACGUCAGCGGCCUGAAACCGUUCGACGAGCCCUGGUUUCCUUGGCGGCUUCCUUCGCUUCGAUCUCGAAU